CACAACAGCAACACCGAGAUGGACACAACCACACGCGUCUGACAGUUCCUCUCUUUAUCGGUAUUGUGCUCUCCGACAUGUUCUCUGUCCCCUGGUGACGCCAAAGCUCCGGCUCGCGGGUCCCGUUGAGGACAUGGAGGACAUGGAGGACGACAGCCUGGACGCGAAAGACGACCACAACCACAACUAUUGUGCGAGCGGCAGCGGUAAAGCUCUCACGUAUCUCAGCAGCCGACUGUCGGAGGUUCCGCCGGUCCCUCAGCCGGUGCCGGUUGGUGGGGAAGCGGGAAGCCACCGGGGGAAGCAGUGGUCCGGCAGCGGCACCAGCAGCACCACCACCGGGGGACCGAAGUUCAUGGACUCGGAUUCAGGGAGCGAGAGCAGCGAGGUCAGCGAGACCGACUGCGCGGCUCUGCCUCCGGCCGCGGAGGGGAAAUUCACCCUCGACUCUACCUCCAAGUUCCUCCUGAAUGCCAUGGCAGUGGAGGACUACAGGAACAACCACUGGCCAAACCUGGAGAAGGCCAUUGAUCGCCUGCUGAUCCAGAACCCCACAGACCACAUCUCUGUUUCCUAUGCACAGAUUUACAGCUACAUCUACAAGUGUGUGUGCCAGCAGCACUCUGAGCUGCUCUACAACGAUUUGACGUUGAAAAUAACAAGUCAUCUGCAACAGGUUUCCACACGUCUACACGCCAGCGCCCCUGAGGACUUCAUUGAGACCUUCAACGUCGCACUGACCCAAUACACAGCUUCUCUUCAGUGUAUAGUUCCUGUGUUUAUGUACUUGAACAAGUUCUACAUCGAGUCAAAGCUGAACAGAGACUUAAGAGACGAUCUGAUGAAGCUGUUUGCUGAUCACGUUGCAGAAAAACAUGUGAACACACUGAUGCCUCUUCUCAUUGAAGCCUAUUCCAUGCCCUUUAAAGUGCAGCCAUCUACAAUGGCCAGUGUAGUGAAUGGCCUCUACAGCCUCCGGCCAGAUUGGGCCCAGUUGGCCCCGGCUCUCUUCUGUGGGUUUAUUCCCCAGAUCAACCCUCCUGCCGUGGAGUCUCUGCUGUCGGACUACGCUGCUCGUGACCAGAAGCUACAGAUGGAGCUCUCCAUGAACGGAUUUCCACGGGGGGACCAGUCUCGCAAGCGGGCCAGCGAGGACUCCUGAUGGCCCGAUCCGGCGUCGCCACUGGGGUCUGCGGAACUAUUACUGUGCCUCCUAUGUCUUUAUCACGAGUUGGCUCACUGCACUAGGUACAAUGUUAACAAUGUGUCAGUUUCAUCUCUCUCGACUCAAGGUCACACCACACUGUGAAGAACAAAGAGAACAUGAUGUUGAGUUGUUGAGCAGAAGCUUAAUCUUCCUGCACUAAAAGAAAACACAAGCACACAGACUUCCAUUACGGUGCUUUUCCUCUGUGACUAUGAUGCAUCCAGCUUCAGUAUUUGUGGGAUGUUGCCGUGUGCCCUCAGACUGUUUCCUCAUGUGAACAGUGCCUUCAUGGUGUCUGUUGGAUCAGAUAUCCUGACAGCAGAUAGGCUGGACGGAGGGUUUCUCAUUCCUAACCUUUAACAUGGAAGUGUCUUGUGCGAUUUCUAUAAACUGGGCUAAUCAAGACUUUCUAUUGCUGCUAAUGAUACUGUCCUUAUGUUAAUACUACAAAUCCCAUGUUUAACAGUGUCUACAUUCAACACAAAAACGAGUAAGGAAAGAAAUGGGAACUAAGUCAUUGAACCUCAACUAUGAUUCUCUUCUUCAUGUUGCCUUUACUGGGUUGGUAAACCGGAUUGUACUUUCCAGUUACGCCAAAGAGGAUUUGCAGUACUUAUUCUUUUUUUUCUUUUAUAUAUAUGUAUAUAUAUAACGCAUCGAAUUCGAGCUGACAUUGUUAAUGUUGUAUACUGUCUGAGUCACUGAGCCAUUUAGGUUUUUUAUACUAACAAGUUUUGACCUGUUUGUUAAGAUGUAAGUCAGAUUCUAACGUUAAAUGUGACUUGUUUGUGUCAGCCUUGUAUGUAGGAGUGGCAGGGAUCCUCAUCCAGGACUUUACACAAAGUGCCAGAAAGCUUAGACAGCCACACAAUAGUGUUUGAGAACUCUCUUAUCAUGCUUCAGUUUUCUUUUUUUGACAACUCACCAAAAUCGUCCAUUAACUGUAAAUAUACUGAACCUGAUGCUUCAAGGAUUUAAUUAAACAAAUCAUAUGCAAAUAUUGUUUUAAACCCGAGUCUGGAAUACUUGUGCAUUCAAUAUUUUCUAACACGUGUAGCCUGUUCAUGACGUCUUUGCAUAGUGCUCUUGAAUAGAACUAUUUGAUACAAGGUCCAACACUGUUUUAAGUGUAACUAAAUGCCCAGAUUUGCUUUUUGUUUCCAUCUGUGGUCUUGGAGAUGGUUCUCCUCAUCUUUCAAAUAAACAAAUUUCAUUCA